AUGGGUUGCGUUGGUCAAAAGCAGAAUUAAAAUCAAUAAAGAAUCAAAUUUUAAUAACAUAGAUAAUCACUUAUAAUUUUAAGCUCACAUAGAAAAAUGUGUUUAGGUUUGGCUCUAGGACCAGAUCCUAAAUAACAAAUUCAACUUUAUCGAUAGAUUGAUAUCUCAAAUGAUGAUGAAUUUAUUUUAAAGAGAGAUAAAAAAUUUAUUUCUAAAAAUCAAGAAUCUCCAAACUCGACUCCAAAAUUUAAUCAAAAUCUUCAGUUUGGAAUAGGAAAUCGAUCAAAUAAAAUUAUAUUAUGA